AUGUAUCUAAAUGAAGCUGAUCGGCGAAUAGUUUUGGUGAAUCGCGCCUAUGACAAAUUUACUUUGAAAGUAUCCAAUGUUCAAAUAAUUCUUGCCGAAAAUUAUGAAAAUGCAAUGUCUGCAAGAAAUGAACCAUUAUCAAAAUUCCAUAUUUUACGUCCGACUGGAAUGGACAUCUCAAUUCACAAGUCAUCAAUUGAUGAUAUGAAAUUAGCUAAGAUUCGCAUACUUGGUGCUUUACCAGAUAUUAUCAUUAAGUUAUCUGAUGAGCGUCUAUUGCAACUUUUGAAAUUAAUAUUGAGUAUCCCUACUCCACCACCAGAAGAACAGAUCAAAUCUCUUGGGGAAUUGACUGUUACGCAAUUCGAGCGUUCAAAACUUAAAGACCGUGCAAAAAUACGCGCUAUAAUGGAAGUUGAUGAAGUAAGUGUUGGUGAAAAGGUGGAUUCUUCAGAAGAGAUCAGUCGAAAAUCUGAUGGUUCUCAAAGGGCUAAAGAAUUAAAUGAGCAGCAAGUGCAGUUAGAAAUGGAUUUGACGUUAAAUCAAGUAAUAGAAAUUCGAGGAAUGGGUUGUAGAUUUCAAAUGCGAACAUUUGAUAUGGUUUUAUUUGCUUAUCUUGGUGGUUUAACUGUUGAACAACCUCUAUAUAAAAGUCUUACUCCUGGAAGAGAUACAUUGUACCUUAUCGAUAAUACGCAUGGUAGUGAAGAAAAUUUGCUCGAUUUGAAAUUUGUGCAAGCUAAUCCUGAAAGUCCAUUUUUUGUUACGGAAUAUAAAUCAAUGGAGCAAGCUAUUGAUGUUUCUUUUAAAACUCUUACCAUCACUCUUCAUCAGGAAUCUUUAAUGGAGCUGAAGCAAUUUGGCGAAACUCUUCGUACAAAAAUUGGCGAAAUACAAAAAGAAAAGCAAAAGGAAAUGGCAAGUUUCAUAGGAGAGGUUGAAAUACAAGCGGAAAAACUCUCCAGAAGGCUCAGUCAAUUGAGUAUGGCUCGUCGUGAAAGACAACUGGAGAUGACGCAAGAUGAUCAUAUCAUAAAAACUUGUCUGAAUGCCUCAUUCAAUUCAUUAGAACUUUUCAUUGGUUCUAAUAAGUGCCUCGAUACUGUAUUAGCCAUUAGCAUUGUUCGAGCAUCAUUAAUGAUGAAAGUGAAAACUGUGAAAUUAAUGGCGGGUUUACAAGCGAUUACGAUACAAGAUCGCACUGGAACUACUGCUUAUGAAAAUUUAUUAUCUGUGUGUGGUGAUCGAGAAAUGUUCACCCUUGAUUUUACUCAGUAUAAUCGAUCGGAAAAAGAAAAAAACCGAAUGAGUCCUUCUGAUCUUGAUAUGAUCGUUGUUUGUCGCUUCGCUCAAAUGCGAUUUAUUUUCCUGAACUUAUGGUUAACGAGGCUGUUGAAAUGGUUAGAGCCAUUUCAAGCCGAAGCAGCUCGUGCUGCUGCGCAAGCGCAGGCUAUAGCGGUCGAAAAAGCUACUGAAGCAGCUCAAAAUGUGCGCCAGAUAAUGGAACAGUCGCCUCCACGAAUUCAUUUAGAUAUUGAGCUGGCUGCACCAACUAUUCUCGUGCCACAGAAAUCUACAUCUUUUGAUGCCCUAAUUUUUGACUUCGGUAAAUUAACGGUGAAAAAUUCAUUCAUCCCGGAUCCACAACAAAUAAAAGCAGUUGUUGAUUCCAUGUUAAUCAGUUUAACCGACGUUAACUUUGCAAUAGGAUUAUUGUCGAAAAAGAGUGAUAAAUUGAUUAUUGCAAAAUGUGAAAUAUUGAAGCCUGUAUCAUUUUCCUUAUCAGUGAAACGUAAUCUAUGUUUCGAGUGGUAUAAGGACAUUCCUGAGAUUUGCGUUGACGCUAAUUUGCCAAUAAUCGAGUUAAAUAUGUCGCAAGAAGAUUAUGCCAUUGUCAUGAAGACAUUAAGUGGUAAUUUGGCUGAAUGUGCUGAGCCAAAUGAAUUGAACAUUGUGAAAUCACAACCAUGCUCGGAUAUUUCCAAGAGAACUGAAAAUAAAGAACAGAAAAUUGAUGAAGGCAAAAAAACUGAGAUAAAAUUUGAAUCAUUGGCUGCCAAAACUCAUUCGCCCGCUAAACGCGUAGCAUUUGCUUUUACGAUGGAUGAAAUUGUUGCUUCACUUUAUUCAGGCUCAUCGAACUUGUUAGAAAGCAGUGGCGUAGUUGUUCGCACUCCAGAUCAAGCUUUUGCUUCAAUGCGCUUGUUGCAACUAAUAAUAACUGGUUCAUUAAUGGAUGAUGGUAAGAUGGAUGUAAAUAUAAGUCUUGGUUCUUUUACAAUGAAUGAUGAAAGAAAAGAAGAAACAAGAAUUACCAGAUUACUUGAUAAAAAGGUUGUUAAAAGCGAUAAUUUGCAUCCAGAAUUUAUCCUUAUUCAUUUUCAACAAACUUCGAAUAGUGAUAAAAUUAUUGAUUUCUCAUCAUCGCCAUUUUUCUUGUGCCUUUGCCCGGAAUUUCUUGGAGUUCUCACAAGUUUUUUUACUGUGCGAUUUGAAAACGAAGAUGCGGAAAUAAAAGCAGUGCCAAAAAGCGUUAGCAAUCAAGCAGAACCAAAGACAGGAAAAACUACUCCCUCUGGUGCGAUUACUAUGAACUGUAAAAUGCGUGAAGUAGAAAUAAUUCUUAUAGAAGAUUCGAAUAAACCUGAUUCAACACAAGCUCUCGUUCUUUCUUUCAAUGUAGAUGUUGAGGCGAAACAUGUUAGCAUGAAUAAUUAUGUCAAUGGAGUCCAAAUUAUAGCAGGAGGAAUAAAAAAUUUGCAGAUAAUCAGUUCAUAUUAUCAAGAAUCAAAGCGGUCUCAAAACCCAUAUCAGGUUUUAAAUCGUGUUGAGCUCACUUUUGAAGGAACCAUCGAUGACAAAACAAAAUCUCAACAUUUCAAUGUCGACAUCACUCCAAUGCAUUUAAAAGUUUCUCCUGCAAUAAUUCGAUUGCUCAGUGCAGUCAGUGCUGAAUUUUCUGCUGCCAAUCAGUCGACGAAUGGAAGGGAAGGAAAACGUCGACCUAUUCUGAAAAAGUAUCCUAAUUAUUGGGAAAAGAAAAAAAUAGACAGAAGGAGAUAUUGGUGGUUCAAAUUAAAUGAAGAUGCUGAAGUCGAAGCUGAUCGAGGUAUUGAUAUUGCCGCUGGUAUUGACCACCAGGAGCAGGUCGAUUAUAGUUGUAUUUUUGCGAAUAUAAAAAUGGGAUCUUUAAUAAUAACAUUAGAAGCAGGAACAGGCAUUACAACUAUACCUAUGAUUCUUGUAGAAAGUUCAAUGCUUAUUGUUGCUUCUGACUGGAGUUCUUUAUUGAAAGUUAAAUUUAUUUUACUUUUAAAGGAAAAGGUUUCAUACUAUAAUGAAGGAUUUUCUAUCUGGGAACCGGUAAUAGAACCAGUUGAGAUUGAGGACGGUAAUUGGCAGAGCUGGCAAAUUGACAUGGAAAUGCGCACGCAUAGUGAUAGCGAAACUGUUCCAUUAAAUGGAGGGAUGCAUCUACCUAAACGAACAAUUAAUUUUAAAGCAUCUAAUAUAUUAAAUAUAACCGUCACCAAAUCAUUCAUGCAACUUCUAAAUCGUCUUUCGGAUGUUCGUAUUUGUUCGUUGAAAGACUUUUUUUUUCAAACUUUUCUCACUUAUAUAGUCCAUGCUUUCGAAAAAGCAGCAAAACAAAUAACACCGCCAAAAACUCAUCAAUUGCCCGGUAGUUGUCCAUUUUUGAUUCUUAACAACACUGGAAUAUCAGUGAAAGUCGGUAAUUCAGAUACGCUUCGAGUUGCUGAGGAUGAUAAAGUAGUGGAUGCGACUGCAUGUGCUUUCGUCGAUCUCGACAUAUUAAGUGAAAAUAAGCAGCAAGUUGGAUCUAAUCAAACUCAAAGGACUGAAUUACGGUUGAUUUUUGAUGAUUUGGAAACUGAGCGUGAGAUCAACGUGAAACGUGCUGAAAUUCGCACUGUUACGUUGCCACGCAAAGGAUCUGGUGGUCAACAAUGGAAGAUGGUUAUUGAAAUAAAAGUGGAAAAUUUUAGACGACUUAUAACUUUGCGUUCUGCUGUCCAGUUUGUAAAUCACAUGGAUAUUGCAUAUGAGGUAUAUUCAAUGCGAGACACAAUGCUAGAUCUUUGCGGUGUAGCAGACACGACUUUAGAACCACUCGAUAUAGCUUUGCCUUUAUUAUAUAAUGGCUCUGGGCAGUUAUAUCUAAAACCAGCCAACGAUAGUUUUGAAAUGAGCAAUGAAUCUCUGAAUUGGUAUAAAUUUGAGGACAAGGCACGAUAUUUAAUCCGCUGUGAUCAGGUAGACAAUCCUAAACAAGGAAAUUUUGCUGCAUUAUCUGUUGAAGAACUUCGGGUUAAGGCUGAAAGAAGUCGUGAAUUCAUUGAUCGAAUUUUCAUCGUCCAUAUUUAUCCAACUGUCACUUUACAUAAUCUGCUGCCUUUUUUAAUUCGGUUAUUAUUGCCUUUUGAAUAUACCUUGAAUGGUGGAGAGCAAAUACCCUUGAACAUCAUUCCUGGCCAAAAAAUCAACAUGGAGUCGUUUUAUUGUAUUCGAAGAAUCUCAUAUUAUGAUAAAAUGGCUUUAAACAAAUUUCAGCUCAUUUAUCGUAAUGAAAUUUAUCGUGCUGAGAUGAUAUUGCCAAGUGAAUACGAGAAUCUGGAAGUUAUUUCAUUUUGCUCAAUAGAUGAAGAACUUAAUCUUGGUGUUCACUGGAACAUGGAGCAUCGCAGAUUGGAUGCUCAGAUUUAUGCUCCAUAUUGGUUCGUUAAUAACACUGGCAAAACUCUGAAAUAUAUGGUAUAUCAUGCGAUAGUUCACGAACCUUUCAGUGAUCCGGCUAUUAUAAAUUUCGAUUCCAGCGAUUUUUUAAAUAAGAAAAAGGCAAAGAUUCAAAUUGCGGAUAGUCUUUGGUCGGAUGAAUUCCCUCUGGAUGCAGUUGGUAAUGCUGGAAGAGUGAUUUGUAAGACAGAUGAACAAGAAUUUGAGAUUACAAUUGAUAUAAAAGUUUGUCAGUCUGGUCUAACAAAAGUGGUGGUAUUUACUCCAUUUUAUUUCUUGAAUAAUAUCAGCAAAUUUCCCGUGGAAGUUAAGGAAUUUGGCGGAGAAGUAUGGACAAAAGUUGAAUCUGAAUCUUGCGUUGGUAUUUGGCCACGUCAAACUCAGAAACGUAAAUAUUUAAUUGCACGAUAUGUUGGCACUGCAGAAGAAUCUGGAAUGUUUCCAUUUACGGAAAAUUUCGAAGGAUUUUGCCAAAUCAACAAUGAGUAUUUGGGUAUAUAUGUCACUUGUACAUUAGGAGAGUCAUCAUCCAUAAUUCAACUUGAACCGUUUAAUCCUGGUAUGGCACCAGCAUUUAUUAUGAAUGCCACCAAUUUACCUGUUGAAUUCGGUCAGAAAGUUUUUAUUCCACGUCUUGAAGGUUCACCAGAUAAAAAACUACUUGAUCCUUGGGAAUGCUGUUUUUUCACAUGGAUGGACGUAACUCGCAACCGUGAAUUGGAAUGGAAAAGUGGCAACAUUACUGAAUGUGAUGGUCUAUAUAUGAAUAAUUAUAAUAGCUACAAGGUCUCGGAUAGUCCAUCUGGAAAUUAUUAUUGGGUAUCAUUUUUAAAUGGCAGGCAGAGAGUAUUUUUAUUUACUGAUGAUUUGGCUGUUAUGACUACUGCAUAUGAAGCUUAUGAGAUUGAACCAGUUGAUCAGCAGAUUGAAAUCUCUUUACAAGGCAUUGGUUUAUCGUUAGUGAAUAAUAUAAACAGUGAAGAAAUUAUUUACAUGGGGAUUGCCUCAUCAGCAGUUAUCUGGGAGCAAUUAUUCACCAUUAAGCAAAUGGAAGAUAUCGAAAAUUCAUACCAAAAUUGGCUAUUAAACAAAGUAGAUUUGGUUAAAGUUGAUAAAUUCGAUAUUGAUUUUUCUAGGAUGGUUAUAAAAAAAAAGAAAAGCGAGACGAAUAUACGCCGACAAUUUGAAACUGGUCUUUGGAUUCAAUUACGACAAAGUCCUCAUCAGAUGCAAAUACAUUUAAAAGUAAAUCAUCUUCAAGUUGAUAAUCAACUACCAGCAUGUGUUUUUCCUUGCAUCUUAAAUGUUGUUGCACCACCGAAAUCAAUUGUCGCCGAUAAUGCUCCAAAGCCAUUUAUGGAAUUUAGUUUUACAAUGCGUAAGUCGGAAUAUAGCAACAUUGUUGAAAUCAAAUAUUUGCAUUUACUUAUCCAAGAAUUCUCUAUACAAGUUGAUCAAGGAUUUAUUAACGCAAUUUUAAGUUUUCUUUCUAAUGAUGUGAGCAUCAAGCCUUAUACGAAGGAUAUUUUUGAAAAAGACAUGGAAAUGACGAAGGAUCAACUUUCACAAAUGGCGUUGACAACGGCUGCAACACAGCAGAAAGCAUUUUAUGAUGAUCUGCAUAUAUCUCCUUUAAUGAUUCAUUUAUCUUUCUCACAAGGUGGUUCUUCUGGUAAAAAUAAAGCGUCAGCCCCCAUUCAGUCUGAAUUCAUCAAUGUUCUUUUAAAAAGUGUCGGAGUUACACUAACAGAGUUGCAAGAUGUCGUUUUUAAAUUGGCAUUUUUCGAGCGUAAAUUCAUGUUUUAUAAUCGCCAACAGUUGCAAAGUGAGAUAAUUUCUCAUUACAUGAAACAAGCAAUAAAGCAGUUAUAUGUGCUUGUACUUGGUCUUGAUAUAAUUGGUAAUCCAUUUGGACUGGUGCGAGAUUUAUCUACUGGAGUUGAAGAUUUCUUCUAUCAGCCUUUUCAAGGAGCUAUACAAGGACCAGAAGAAUUCGCUGAAGGAGUUGCUUUAGGCGUUAAAAGCCUCUUCAGUGCUACAGUGGGUGGCGCAUCUGGUGCUGUAUCCAGGAUAACUGGUACUUUGGGAAAAGGCGUAGCAGCUUUGACAUUAGACGAAGACUAUCAGCGAAAACGGCAACAAGCUAUUAAUAGGAGACCUAAGAACUUCGGUGAAGGAAUGGCUAGAGGAGCAAAAGGGGUUGGUCAGGGACUUUAUGAAGGUAUAACUGGAAUUGUAUCAAAACCACUUGAAGGUGCUCGAACUAGCGGUGUAGGCGGCUUCAUGGUAGGUUUAGGAAAAGGGCUGGUCGGCGCAGUUGUUCGACCCGUUUCUGGAGUGGUUGAUUUUGCAAGUAGUUCGAUGGAUGCUGUAAAGACUGUUACCGCUGGAUCCAAUGAAAUUACAGCACUAAGGCCACCGCGUGUGAUUUUUGCCGAUAAUAUUGUUCGGCCAUAUUCAUUUAAAAUUGCUGCAGGAUCUAAAAUAUUCAAGGAGACUGAUCGCGGUGCAAUUGCUGAUACAGACGCAUUUGUUGCGCAUGCACCAAUCUCAUCGAAACUGGUAUUCAUUGUUACCGAUAAACGAGUUCUGCUAGUAAAAAAGAGUGACUUGGUUGGUUCAUGGGACGUCGAUUGGCAGAUAAUGUAUUCUGAGAUGAAAGCGCCAGAAAGAAUUGAAAAAGGUGUUAAACUCGAGUUGAAGAAAAAACAAAAAGGUUUUCUUGGUUUGGGAGAUUCAAAUGGAAAGAUGAUUCAGUUCAAUGACAAAAACACUGCAGAGUUGGGACAUUAG